CUUAACUACAAAGCAAAAAAAAAGUUCCUUACAAAAAAAAAAUCAAAAUGAAAUUCCUCUCAUUAACCGUCUUUGCAAUUCUUAUUGCCGCUGUUUGCUGUGCCGAAAUUGAUCCAAGAUGUCCUGGCGGGGAAUCCGAGGGAUCGAGUGUGACUUAUAUUCCUCACGAAAGUGAUUGCUCCAAAUAUUACAUGUGCUCGAAUGGCGUUUCACACUUGAUGCAAUGCCCCAAAGUCGCUGGAAGUGACGAUCAUCUUCAUUGGGACACUAUCGAGCAAACUUGUAACUGGCCUGCUGUUGCCAAAUGUGAACUUUAAAAAAGUUUCCCAGAUCACACCAUUUCAGUAUUUAUUAUUUGUAAUAUUUUCAAUUAUUGAAUAAAUGCAUAAAAAUUGAAAAAAAAUGAAAGUUGAC